UUUCCUGUCACUUCUCUGCCAGUAGCAGGAAACCCUUGUCUUUCAGCCAGCGAGACCUGCUGCCCACCUUCAGGGCUGCGCAGCCAUGUUCUGGGCACCCUGACUGCACAGAAGCCCAUGGGGCACCCCAGACUCGAAGCUCUGCUCCUGCCUCUCCUGCUGCUCAUCGGACUCUCCGCCCCUGCUGGGAUCAGCUGUCCCCACCUGCCUUGCUGGAGAACCUGCCGUCUGCUGGCCUCUCACAUGGAUGACUGCUUCACUGGUGAGUCUCAUUUCCUGCCCCCACACCUCCCUGUGUUCCAGAACCCACAGCAGGCUCCCUCUCCCCAUUCCAACUUUUGGUUCCCAACCUGGGAGGCAGCACAGUGUCAAGGAAAAAGCACAGGUCCGGAAUCAGGACAUGCCUGCGUGUGCACUGAGAGUCUGACACAGGCUUCUGCAUUAGAGAGGUCCUGUAACUUGCCCAAGAUCACACUUCCAGGGGGUCACUGGCAGAGCUCAGCCUCACAUCCACCGUGUGUGUGUGUGUGUGUGUGUGUGUGUGUUGGGGGGAAGGACCUCCUUAGACCCUAUUGUUUGCUUUCCUUUCUGGUUUUCACAGGAAGUUCUGCCCGUAUUCAUCGCCGUCCCCGGGCGGCCCUCCCCUCCACGAAGCCACAGUGCACUCCGCACCGCUCCUGCUCCCUGUGCCUGCGUCUGCUGUCAGACCCCCCAGGCCUCCAAUGGGUCUGCUUCCACCUCCCGGUGCAGCAGAAAUCCAGAAAGCCUUCCAAAUUCAAGUUCUGUAGGAGACGCAAGAUUUUGGCGGCGUCUGCUCAGAGGAAGCUGCUGGGCGGCUGCUGCCUGUCUGGGAAGAGCUGUCAUGUUUCCGUCCCCUCCCCAGACAUCUCCCACGGGGGGCUGCGCACCAAAAGGACCCAACCUUCAGACCCAGGGGCAGUGGACACCCCCUCCAGACCGGACACACAAAGGCACAGAGGGCCUGAGUUCUCCUUUGAUUUGCUGCCAGAGGCACGGGCCAUCCGGGUGACCCUCCCUCCAGGCCCUGAGGUCAGCAUGCGUCUCUGUCACCAGUGGGCCCUGGAGUGUGAAGACCUGAGCAGUCCCUUCGAUGCCCAGAAAGUCGUGUCUGGGGGCCACACGGCAGAGCUGCCUUAUGAAUUCCUGCUGCCCUGUCUAUGCAUAGAGGCUGCCUACCUGCAAGAAGACACCGUGAGGCAUAAAAAAUGUCCCUUCCAGAGCUGGCCUGAAGCCUAUGGCUCCGACUUCUGGAAGUCAGUACACUUUGCUGACUACAGCCAGCACAAUCGGAUGGUCAUGGCCCCGACACUCCGCUGCCCGCUGAAGCUGCAGGCCUCCCUCUGCCGGAAACAGGACCGGUACCCCCUCUGUGAAGACCUCCCCAAUGCCACGGCUCAAGAGUCAGAGGGGUGGUAUGUUUUGGAGAAGGUGGACUUGCACCCCCAGCUCUGCUUCAAGUUCUCGUUCGGAAACAGCAGCCACGUGGAAUGCCCCCAGCAGACUGGGUCUCUCACCUCCUGGAAGGUGAGCAUGGACACCCGGGCCCAGCAGCUGAUCCUCCACUUCUCCUCGAGGAUGCAUGCCACCUUCAGUGCUGCCUGGAGCCGCCCAGGCUCGGGGCAGGACGCCCUGGUGCCGCCUGUGUACAGCGUCAGCCAGACCCAGGGCUCCAGCCUGGUGAUACUCGACCUCAUCAUCCCCUUCCCGAGGCCUGGGGACUGUGUCCUGGUGUGGAGGUCAGAUGUCCAGUUCGCCUGGAGACACCGCUUGUGUCCUGAUGUCUCUCACAGACACCUGGGGCUCCUGAUCCUGGCACUGCUGGCCCUUACCACCCUCCUGGCUGUUGUUCUGGUUCUCACCCUCUGGCGCCCACUGUCAGGCCCAGGCCACGCCGCGCGGCCGGUGCUGCUGCUGCACUCGGCGGACUCGGAGGCGCAGCGACGUCUGGUGGGAGCGCUGGCCGAGCUGCUGCGGGCCGCGCUGGGCGGCGGGCGCGACGUGAUCGUGGACCUGUGGGAAGGGAGGCGCGUGGCGCGCCUGGGCCCGCUGCCGUGGCUCUGGGCGGCGCGGGCGCGCGUGGCGCGGGAGCGGGGCACGGUGCUGCUGCUGUGGAGCCGGGCCGACCCCGGCCCGGCCGCGCGACCUCACGCGCAGCCCCUGCGCGCCCUGCUGCGCGCCGCCCCGCGCCCGCUGCUGCUCGGCUACUUCGGCCGCCUGUGCGCCAAGGGCGACAUCCCCGCGCCGCUGCGCGCCCUGCCGCGCUACCGCCUGCUGCGCGACCUCCCUCGCCUGCUGCGGGCCCUGGACGCGCGGCCACCCCCCGGCGCCAGCGGCUGCGGCCUCGGGGCGCGGCGGGGCGUGCGCGGCCGGCUGGAGCUGUGCCGCCGGCUGGAGCGCGAGGCCGCCAAACGGGCCCACCGAGGCUGAGCACGCCCCACCGCCGGCCCGGACGUCUGCGGGCCGCAGCGCUGGAACCACGCAAUGAGCCUGGAGUCUUGGCGUCCUCCGGGUGCCACCCCCCCAGGACUAGGGGCCUGAAAGCCCGGGAGUCCCGGCCCCCACCUCUGCGACGCGGGUCCUGCUUCUUCCCCGCACUUACCCUGCCUCUAGGGAUCCUGAGGGAGUCGCUCGGAGAAUUCCUUCAACCCCCUGUUCUGGCGAGGGAGGGCGACCUUCCCGCUUCCUCUCUCCAAG